GUUUGUGUAAAACGGCCGGCUAGUUUUAAUGCUCGAAGGCGACCCGAAACCAGGAGGGUAAUGCUGGAAAUUCUUUGCAGCUAUUGGAUUCAUGCCUGAAAGCAUAAUGGCGGAUGUCGUAAAACGUGGCUCAUGGUCGAAAAAAAAACAACUAUCCCCGAUAGAAUGAUGAGCUGCUGUUCACUGUCGCCGCCAUGACUGCAGACACGCGCAGAGCGGAAGUGCACAGAGGUUACAACGCUGAUCAAAUAUUUAAGCUAAGCGAGUGUCCAGCUAACGUGGCUAAAAUAUAAAUGGCGACACUGCGAGAGACGAGUGUGUGGACUUCACCGAGUCCCUGCUAAAGUUGUCACUACAGUGAGGAUGUGGUGGGAGUGUUCUUCUGACUGAGCCUCGUAACUGUUCUGCGGUACGGUUUAAAACUCCGGACAUGCCUCGGCUUCCGCGGAACAGACUGUCUCCAUGGAUAGAGCGGCUCAUCUUGAGCUACGGCAGCCAGGAAGAGCAGCAGGAGGAGGUGGGCAGCAGGUUGAAGGCUCAUGUCAUCGGUGUGGGUCAGAUGUCCCAGUCCCAGGCGGGGAACACCGAGGGCCCCACCGGGUUGCUCUUCCUGUCUGAUGGGGUACUCCAGAUCCCAGCCGUCCUCACGGCGUCAGCCUGGGAGCAUCUGCAGGAGCAGGAGGACCGUGAGUGCUUCAGCAGCCUACUCAACAGCACGGUUUGCAUCCAGGACUACCGGCUGCAGUUCCACAUGGCCUCAGAACAGACUAAAUGCAGGUUCUUCUUAUCAGUCGGAGAACUAGCUACAACCGCAGCAGGUCCAGUUAAAGACAACACUCCCUGCUGCACCACCCUGUCCUCUGUCAGGAUGAAGAUCUGUAAAACGUGGAGAGCUCUGCUGGGUCAGGAGGACUCUCAGAAGAGCCAGUGUGAAUUUGACCUAUCCGAGCUGCUGGGAGAGUGGCAGCACGACUGUCUGCAGGCUGUGCUGGAGGACGUCAGGGAGAAGCUGACAAGGGGACGCGCCGCGAGACUGCAGCCCUCCACCUCCACCUGUCACUCCACGCAGACCUGCUCUAGCACACGCUGGGAUGUGGACAGGAUCAGAUAUAAGGGAGAGAAGUGUUUCAGUGUCCCUGUGAAAUAUCUCCUUAUCCCAGAAGAAGACUCUCAGCAGGUCCAGACUCUAAAAAAUGCUGAAAGCAGCACAGAGAGGAUGGAGGAGGAGAAUAUACUGCAAGUCUGCAACCCUCCAGAGACCACGCAGCCCUCUGUUGAUGAUACACACUGGCAGAUAGUUCAACCAGCAGCUGUACAAGGAGUUUGUGCAUCCAGUGACAGCUCAUCUCUUCCAAUGGAGGACAGCCUGCUCCACGAGGAUGUGAUCACAGGUGGGACUGACGAGCCUUUGUCCAACCCGUGGAACAUAUUUUCUCCUCCUUGUAUCUCCUCAUCUUCUUCGGAUGCAUCUCCAGAAGCUACACCAAGCAUCUCGCCGCACCCCGCCUCUGCUGCAGAAUCCAAGCCUGAUCCCGCCACCAGCACGCAGCUUCCUGCCCACCUGGUGGAGUCCAGCUACUUCCCACCCUACCAGAAACAGCUGACUGCCCUCCCCACCACUGCCACUUCCUCUUGUUCAGCUUCAGGCUCCAUGAUUGCUCCAGAAAUGGAAAAACAUCGCACCUGGACAGCACAGCAGAGCCUCCCACCUGUGGACCGAGAAAGGGAGGAGACAACUUUGACAAGACACGGAAAAGUUAAGAGAAAGCAAAGCGAGUCCACACCAGAAGCCCUCGACACCUCCACCUUGGUGGAGGACAAGGAGGCGGAACUGAGCAGCAGUCCUCCAUCGUGGCUCUUUGACACUCCGGUAGGAGGCUCCAGUGCCGAAGACGGCAGCAGUCCUAAACAGGCUUCAGGGAGUGUCCCGAGAAAAAUUCCAAAGGUUCAUCGCGACGGCAGGCCGUUCUCUUACUCGUACCGCGUAUGUGGACAGAAUCUGCAGGACUUCAGUCGCUUCAGAAUGACUGAAUCUCUGCUGCACUGGGCUGUGAAGUAUCUCGUGACUCCAAAGCAAACAGACAAUCCUGCAAACGUAGCGUGAGCGGGCCUAGUUUACCUCUCGUCUGUCUUUAGUUCUGUUCUGGUAUUGCUUCAGUUUGUCGGUUAUGAUGGUGUCCUCAGGCCGCUCUGAUGGCCAUUUCUGUUUGGGAUGAUUUGGUUUAUCAAACGAAGGUCCACAUCAGCUGAUGAGGGAAUUUACAGCUGUUAUUUAUUUAGCUUUUAUGAAGAUUUCCUCAUUUUCCAAGAACAAAAUAAAAACAAAGUGCUGGCGUUUCAGUCAGAGCUUCCUAAUUUAAUGAGAAACUGAUCUGAUUUUGGUUUAUUGAGCAUAUAAGACAUCACCUUGGCUUGUAGGAAGUUAAAACUUAAUUUGAUUGAUUUUUUUUUCCUGAUAUUUUGUAUAAAAAUUUGCAAACAGAAGAGGUUUGCAUUUCACAAAAGCACAUGACAGCAACGCCAAAGACACCGCACCGAAAAUGUUUUGCACACACGGUCGAUGUUUGUUUAACAAUUUUUGGUGAGCUCUACACAAAUAUCAAUGUUAAAUCAUCAAUAAAUACAAUUACUGACCGAAAUAAAGCCAAACGGUAGUUUUCUUUACACCCGAGCAGGAACGCCGCCGUGCUUACACCGAUGCACAAACUCGUCACACACUGUGAAACCAUGCUUCUGUUUCAUGCUGUGUGACGCUGUCACAGGUUAAAAAUGAAUAUUUUCUCAGCCUCUAGAUGCUAAAAUGUCCAAAUAAAACACGUUUGGAGUCUCGUUUCAAUCAUUUGCUGUUAAAUGUUCUGUAAGUGCAGAGGUUGUGGCUUUGCUCUCUUUUGGGAUUUCAGACCUUUCCUGUCUGUGAUUAAUGGAAAUGUCACACGCUGCAAUAUUCAGCUGACAUUAGUUUGAUGUCAGAAGUCAUCAGCAGCUGUUUGAUUAUCCAUGAAAGCAAAAAUGUAAAUAUUUGAUUGUUCCACAUUUUGAUAAAUGAAUAUUUGUGACAGUUGAGUAAAAAUCUGCGUUUUAAACUCUCUCUCUUCCCCUCCAGUUUUCUGU